GGCCCAUUUACACCACUCGCCGCAACGUCCCCAACCCAGCAUCGUCUCCGCAGAGCAGCCCCCAAAUCGGCGACCCUCUCUCUCUCCGAUCUCCAAUCCUCCACUUCGCACACACGCACCAACCGAGCACGAUGCGGGCGAUCUCGUCGGCGGCGGCAGGGAUGCUGCGCGCGCGGCUCAGCGGGGCGGCGCGCGUCCGCGGCGGGCACGGGGAUGGCGCGGGGCGGUGGACGACGCCGGGGCACGAGGUGCGGCCCAAGGGCUACCCCAUGAACCGCACACCGCCGCCGCCGGGGGAGUCGCGCAAGUGGGAGGACUGGGAGCUUCCCUGCUACGUCACCUCCUUCCUCACCGUCGUCAUCCUCGGCGUCGGGCUUAACGCCAAGCCCGACCUCACCCUCGAGACCUGGGCGCACGAGAAGGCGCUCGAGCGCCUCAAGCAGCAGGAGCUCGCCGCGUCCUCCGACGCUCUGGCCGAGUGAUCCGCGCGUCACAGGUCACCUCGAAACCUAGGUGCUUCUGUUUUGCUUCCAAUAAGAUUAUUGUGAUGUACGAAUCUGAUAUGGAUGGAAAACACUGGCUAAACACUGUAUUUCUGUUCCUGUUUCGUUCUGAAAUUUGUCUGAUGAUGGCGAUUCCCUUAACAUUUUGAAAUGCUUUGCGAUGCCAUAAACAUUUUGUAAGGCUUUGCGAUUAUAUUAUCUUCUUUAUCCUUU